AACAGUGUCUUACAGUAGAUUUUCUGUGACAUUAACGGUUGUUGAUGUUUAUUUCACAAUAAAAUCUUUAAAUUGAAAGAAAUGAUUUACGCGAUUCCUCGCACCUCACUGAUGUAAAGCGAAAACUAUUAUCGAAAUCGCCAAUCAUGUCGUCCGCCCAUCAAUCAACAUCAUCAUCACUAAAUCCGGAACCAUCAACUUCGUCCAGUUCUUUCAGUGUCCAAGAUACGGAUAGCAAAGAUGACGAGAGUGAACUUGAGUUGGAAAAGAAAAUGUGUGAGGCCGUCGGAGCGGAAGAGUUCCUCGAUAAAAGUGGUGUUUAUAUGCUGCCGUACCAAAAACAAAUUUUUCUCGAUCUAGUUUAUUCGGACGCACUCGUUGUGUGUGCCAAGGGAAUCAGUUACAACACCGUCGUCACAAACUUAUUGCGAGCUUACUGUGAUUCGGCAAACUUGGUGUUGGUAAUAAACGCUGCCGAUUACGAGGAGAAAUAUUUCAAAUCAAGAAUCGAUUCGCGACACAUUCACGAGUCGUCAACGAAUGCCAACGAGCGUCAGCAAAUCUAUCUGCAGGGUGGCAUCCAAUUUCUAACGACUCGUAUCCUCGUCGUCGAUCUGUUGAAGGAGCGCAUUCCUAUCGAUUUGAUUACGGGCAUCAUCAUUUUGCGAGCCCAUCAAAUCGUUGAAUCGUGCCAGGAGGCUUUCGCUCUACGCCUGUAUCGCCAGAAAAACAAAACCGGCUUCAUCAAGGCGUUCACCAAUGCAGCCGAAUCGUUUACAUAUGGCUACGGGCAUGUGGAGAAAGUGAUGAGAAAUAUUUUCGUCAAAGAACUGUACAUUUGGCCUCGGUUCCACAUUACAGUACAGAAGUCGUUGAAGCCAUACGAACCUCAAGUCGUUGAACUGCACAUACCGAUGACCACAAAGAUGACAAUGAUUCAGACGCACAUUCUGGACAUUAUGAACUAUCUGGUGAAGGAAAUCAAGCGAAUAAAUCGGUUCGUUGAUAUGCAAGAGAUAACCGUCGAGAAUUGUGUUACGAAGAAAUUUCACAAGAUUCUACAGGCGCAGUUGGACUCCGUCUGGCAUCAAUUGAGCUCACAGACUAAAGUAUUGAUUUCGGACUUGAAGGUGAUGCGCAGUUUGAUGAUAUCAGCAAUUUACAGCGAUUCCGUGUCCAUGUUCGUUUCUAUGAAGAAAUAUCGCUCUUCCACUUAUGCCAACAACAGUUCCGGCUGGGUGUUUUUGGAUGCAGCCGAACAAAUUUUUAAAAUUACAAAGGAGCGUGUCUACAAUGACAAAGAUGAAUUCGAACCGGAACUGUGUCCAAAGUGGAAAGCUCUGUCGGAAAUUUUACGCUUGGAAAUCCCAAAUGAUAUUAAACGUUCCAUCGACCGUAGACCGACUAUCUUGAACGAGCCAAUUAAAGUGUUGAUAUUGUGUCAGGAUUCGCGAACCUGUUCACAAUUGAAUCAGUAUUUGCUGCAAGGCGGUGAACGUCAUCUCUUCUAUCAAGCCGUUCGGAAUGAUUUGACUGUGGCCAAGUUGUCGGAAAAGUUUCAAGUCGUUCAAGAAUCGGAUGCAGAUGCUGUGCGGAUUGAAAAUGCUGCCAUUUACAAGACAAAGCAAAAACCCGCUCCUGAACCAAUAUCGUUACCUACCGUUCCACCGAAAGCCACAAAGCCAAGUACCUCUGCGGAACCCAACGAUAAAAAAUUAUUUAUUCGAGACCGCAUCGCUAAGAAGAAAGAGAUUGAGGAUGCCGAAUUGGGCGCUGAUGACACUGAAUCGGCAGAGAAGAAUGAGAUCUUUGUUCAAGAUGAUCAUGUUGAUGAUGAUCUGUACCGUGACUCGUACAUUUUGACAAUGACCCAAAGUAAACUCAACGAAUCGGUGGACGACUCUUUUGAUGUAACACAAAUGGCUGAUGCGGCCUUUGAAUCAUUUGCUGAGCUGGAAAAUUUGGAUGUCACUCAAAUACUGAACACAACCACCAAACCCAUUGUUUGCAUACAAACGUUCAAAAAUUACGAGGAUGGCGUUUUGUCACUGGAACACACCCUGAAUGGCAUGGAUCCUGGCUACGUCAUUAUGUAUCACAGCAAUGUUACGGCCAUUCGGCAGAUUGAAACAUUUGAAGCUAUGAAAAGACGCCAGCCCCAUUAUCGAUUGAAAGUCUUUUUCCUGCUGCAUGCACAAACCGUUGAAGAGCAGUCCUACUUAACGACUCUAAGACGUGAGAAGCAAGCGUUCGAAUUUUUGAUCGAGACGAAGAGUAAAAUGGUGGUGCCUGAGUAUCAAGAUGGAAAAUCGGAUGACCCAUUGUUGGCCAUGCAGAAUGCUAUUAAAGAGGACACGAGGAAAGCUGGUGGUCAAAGUACAGCGGUCAAAACAAUACCGAAAAUCAUAGUCGACAUGCGAGAGUUUCGUUCCGAUCUGCCUUGUUUGAUACAUAAGCGUGGCAUAGAAGUAGUUCCCGUUACAAUAACAAUUGGUGACUACAUUCUGACUCCAGAUAUUUGUGUUGAACGCAAAUCUAUUUCCGAUUUGAUCGGCAGUUUGAAUUCAGGAAGAUUGUACAAUCAAUGUGUUCAAAUGACGAGACACUACCUCAAGCCAAUACUGCUAAUUGAAUUCGAUCAAAACAAACCUUUUCAUCUUCAGAGUCACUACAUGAUUUCCGGCGAAUCAAUGUCCAAUGUUGAUAUAACACAGAAGUUACAACUGUUGACCAUUUGUUUCCCGAAAUUGCGUAUCGUCUGGUCACCAAGUCCAUAUGCAACGGCACAACUAUUUGAAGAGUUGAAGCAAAACCGAGACGAACCUGAUGCAACGACGGCCGCAUCUUUCGGAUCGUCAGACGCCAAAGAACUAGAAACAAUUGUCGAUAAGAUCAACCCCACCACACAUGAUUUUCUAAUGAAAUUGCCGGGUAUCAACUCGAGAAAUAUUCACAUGCUGAUGAGACGAGUGGCAAAUAUGAAAGAGUUGUUGAAACAAACCGAGGCCGAACUUGCUGUUAUUUUGAAUAGUGAAGGCAAUGCUAAGCUGCUGCAUGAUAUUUUACAUACCGCACACAAGCCCGUUCCUUCAGAUUCUGCAGUCGAUAAGAAAGCUUCGUAUAAAUCCAAACGUUUUGGUAUCAGAAAAUAAUAUUCCUUCGUGUGACGGGCAGAUAUUUAAAAUAAAACAUUUUUGUACCAAAA